GCUGACGUCUGACAUGAGCUCCACCUCAGCACUGUCACGAGAGGAAUGUCGCAAGAUCGUAAAGAGGCACCUGCAGAGGGACGACUUCGAGUUGGCAUGGUUUGCAGUGGCUCCCCUCAGCACAGACAUGAAGGGCUUCAUGGGCGAUCACCUGAAGCUGCGUACGUCGGUAUCACUAGGCGACAAGGAAAGCCGAGGGGCGAAGACCGUCGAACUGCAGUUCUUCGUUAAGUCGGUGCCUCUGGAUGACGCCUACAGGAGGAGUUUCGCUAUGGCGUCUGUGGCCUACCAGAAGGAGGUCCUGUACUACGGCGAUCUCCUUAGGGACGUGCAGAAACACCUGCGCUGCUCGGAGUACGAGGCUGAUACGUACCUGGGCACCGUCCCUAAGUGCUACUACUUGCGGCCGGACUUGCUGGUGUUGGAGGAUCUGGCUUUGGCCGGCUUUCGCGUGCUGGACACCAUGAAGCCACUGGACGUGCACCAGUGCGAGUGCGUGCUGAAGGCGCUGGCGCGGCUCCACGCCACGUCCAUCGUGUUCGAGGAGCGAGAGGGCCGGCGACUGGCCGACAAGUACCCGCUUCUUGGGCACGAGACUCUCUAUGGGUGGGAGCCGGACUCUCAUCUUUACCUCGCACAAGUGGCCAGCCGCCGCGCUGCACACAUUCUGCUGGACCUCGUACCUCGCUUCGCACCGGGCACGCCUCAUAACGAAAAGCUACACAGCCUCCUUGACACUGUUAUGGAAUCAAUCUACGAACUCUUGAAACCGAGUGACAAGUAUCGUAACGUGCUGUGCCACAGAGACCUGUGGGUAAACAACAUUCUGUUCGCGGAGGACACCAAGGGCGAGCUGUCGGUGCGGUUCGUGGACUUCCAGACACUUCGCCUGGAGCCUCCAGCACACGACGUGGUCCCCUUUCUGCACUUGGUCACUGAGCGCGACAUGCGCCUGGUCCACGGCCAGCGGCUGUUGGAGCUGUACCACCAGACACUGGCCGACGUGCUGCGCCAGCACGACCUCCACGUCGACUCCCUCCUGCCCCGGCAGGUCUUCCUGCAGUCAUGCGAAGACACCAAGCCAUUGGCAGUUGUCCUAGCCGCCUACGUACUGCAAUUCACCACGCUGCCUCAACAAAAGGAUAUCGACCUGGAGAGUAUGGUAUCGGACCGUAACGACCUGGUGAAGGCCGCAUACCAGCAUGAUGAACGCUAUCGUUCGAGGAUGACAGCGGCAGUGGAGGAACUGGUUGAGACUUGCCUCAUGCCUCGCCUACGGGAUCAGCAGCGGUGACCACCCAGGAGUACUGUGCUUUUGUGGACUAUGUGACCAGUGAUUCGUAGCAGUUAUCCGAAACAAGCUCAUUUCCUCUGUUGUAACUGCAGAAUAAAUAUCUCAAAGAUUACUUGAAUGACUGCAGACUUCCUAAUCACCUUCCAGCGUUGCUUUACUACUAUACAGAGUGAACCGACAAACUGACAAACUGCAGGGAUGGAUUCCUGACUGGAAAUUGAGGAGAAGAGAUCCUAUGAACAUGCGUCUGGAAAUGCAUCGUUGCGAUGGUAGAUGGUGCUGACGAAUGACAGUUCCUUUGAUCACGUACCGUGUGAUCGUUGUGUAUUACAGGCUGUGUGAUUGACGCAGCGUGCUGUAAGCAGCUGAAUG